GAUCAAAAAUCACCAUGUUGCCGAGAAGGGACAGGUGUUUGAGGAGAUGGUGUGUACCGUGAUCUUUUGUCUUGAGUUCGCUCUCAUGUUGGUCGCCGGCAAGGGCCGUCAAGGAAGUCACUGGUAUCUCUUUCGUUUCGUGGACUUCAUUUGCAUUUUCCCCGGGAUCAUGGAGAUCUACCAGAUGCGAACCGAAUGGCAGAGACUCCAUGAACUGGGCGAAAAGAUCGAAAAAAGUGAUGAGGACGCAUGGAUUCAGGACUGGAAGAUUGCGAUCGAUGCUUUUCAGAUGAUUCGAGUCAUUCGCAUCCUUUUCUGGCACCAAUGGCGACAUGAGGUCCAAGUGGUGGUAGAUGGCAUUGUCUCCGCAGGUCCUAUUAUGGUUCUCCCGACGUUCCUAUCGCUCUUCAUUUGGGUCAUGAGUUCUGCCAUGUUCGUUUGGAUGGAAAACGUCUACGAUGGACCGUCUAAGGAUUUCUUUACGUCGCUCCCGACGGGGAUGUACUGGACCUCUUCGUUCCUGAUAGGAGAAUGGGUUCUGGCCGACUUCUCUCCGGGUGGUGGCAACCGGGUUUGCAUUGCUAUCGUCCUCUUCGGUAUCAUGGCUUUCGGCAUUGCAACAGGCAUUCUGAUGGAGGCAGUGCAGCAGGCCAUUGCAGUCGCGAUGUUGGAGAACACAUCUUUUGAAGACCUCGCAAAAAUGGCAGAGGAAGACAAGGCUCCGAGAAGUCAGAAAGCUGCUGACAAGGCAUCGAGUGAAGGGAGGAGCGGCAAACCACUGGCUUUGCCCACUGGAAGAUCAGCUCAGCUCCGGCGCGCCGCAAAAGUGGCAGCCAUGACCAAGCAGAUGGCUGAGCGUGAGUCUUGAGAGCUGGAGGAGAAAAAGGGGCGUUG